AUGCCGAAAAAUGAUAUUUUAUAUGACCCCAGUGGUGCUCAAUCAAACAGCACUGAUUCAAAUCAACUUGUUCUAGUGCCUGGGAAAAAACGUAAAAAAGAUGAUGAUGGUCCGAUACCGAAAAAGAAAAGCGCGACUGGUGGUAAAAAAGGUAAGAACUAUGCUAAAGAGAAGGAGAAGCAAAAACUCACAAAGAAAAUGAAGAGGCAGUUAGCGGCUGUUCAGCAAAGAAAGGCAAAUAAAUUGACGCAAGAAGAAUUGUUCGCAAGCUUAGCUGAAUAUCAGUUGGAUGCAAAAAAGAUAAAUCAGCUCAGCUCAUCAAGCCAAAUGCAGAACAAAUUGAAAGGUUCCAUCGACGAGGAUGCUGACUUCCCAACGAAAAUCAAGUCGAUAUCCUCAAAAAUAAAACUGCCUGCUACGAUUCAUCAAAAAGAACGAGUGCAAGAAAACUAUUAUCCUACUGACGACGAAAGUUCUGAUGAAGACGAGGAGUUUGACCACACUGAAGACUGUGAGGCAUCGACUUCAACACCUCAGAAAGAGCAAAAUCCUGUUGAAGUCGAGGUAAAAGUAGAAGAGAACGAUAUUUGCCGAGAGUCAGAACAACAUGUACCUGAACCGGACGCUAGCAGUUCAUCUGAUGUGCAGAUCGAAACUUCAAAGAAUGCUUUACUUCCACAGGGAACUAGUACUCUUCCUCCACAGAAAGUAAAAACAGAAGAUGGUCAAGAUGCACAAUCGAAAUCCGUAGUACCAGUGAUCCAAAGGAAACGCGUGCUGGUAGCUAGGGAUCCAAAUGUAGAAGCUAAACGAGCGCAGCUGCCUAUCUAUUCUGAAGAAGUGCCUAUCAUGGAGACAAUAAAUGAGAACAUAGUUACUGUGAUCUGCGGAGAGACUGGUUCCGGAAAAACUACUCAAAUACCCCAAUUUUUGUACGAGGCUGGAUAUGCGAAUGAUGGUCAACUGAUAGGAAUCACGGAACCAAGGCGAGUAGCUGCAAUAUCCAUGGCCAAGCGAGUUGGAGAAGAACUAGGUGCACCCGAAGAAGUGUCAUACCAAAUACGUUAUGAAGGAAAUCGAACGGACAAGACAAGGAUUUUGUUCAUGACCGAUGGUGUUUUAAUGAAAGAAAUGGAGUCGGAUAUUAUGUUGAAGAAAUAUUCCGCUGUUCUCAUUGAUGAAGCUCAUGAGAGAUCUAUGUACAGUGAUGUGUUGAUUGGAAUGCUAAGCAGGAUAGCACCACUCAGAGCUAAGACAUCAGAUCCACUGAAACUGAUAAUAAUGUCCGCCACACUACGAUUGGCCGAUUUCAUGCAUAAAAGAUUGUUUCCCGUUUUGGAACCCAAAGUUAUCAAUGUUGAAGCAAGGCAGUUUCCAGUGACGGUCCAUUUUGAAAAGCGCACUCCAGACGAUUAUAUGGUGGCCGCUUUUAGAAAGAUAUGUAGAAUUCACGAAGUUCUUCCUGACGGUACUAUUUUGGUGUUUGUUAGUGGUCAAAUGGAGGUGCGACAUCUGGUAAAAAAGUUGGUGGCAAGAUAUCCGAUUUGCUACGAAAAGAGUAAAGAUGGCGAAGUGCUAGUAAGAGGCGGCAAAAAAUGGAAGAAGAAACGGCUCGCUGAGGCGCAGAAUUUAAAAUUAGAGGAUUUCAAAGAGAAUAGAGUACAGCAGUUUGAUGGUGAAGAUUUUCUGGAAACUGGUGUUGGAGACACGAUGUGGGAUGAUUACGAGGAUGAUGAUGUAGAAGAAGAAGAGGAUCAACUGAACAGUUCUAUGCCAGUGCCGCCAAAGGAUUGUCAGCCCCUCUACUGUCUUCCUUUGUAUUCCCUGUUAUCUUCGGAGAAACAACGUCGUGUUUUUGAUCCAUCUCCGGAAGGAGCGAGAAUGUGUGUAAUUGCGACUAAUGUGGCUGAGACUUCGCUAACUAUUCCUGGGGUUAAAUAUGUUGUGGAUAGUGGUUAUGAGAAGAGAAGGCUUUACGAUCCGAUCACAGGAGUAUCUCAGUUUGUGGUCGCUCAUGUGAGUCAAGCUUCAGCUGAUCAAAGAGCUGGAAGAGCAGGUCGAACAGCGGCAGGACAUGCAUACAGGUUGUACUCUUCGGCUGUAUUCCAAAAUUUCGAGAAGUUUUCACGGCCGGAAAUCUUGGAUAAACCAGCUGAUCAACUUGUGUUGCACUUGAAAUCGAUGAAUAUUGUCAAGGUGGUCAAUUUUCCAUUUCCCUCUGCACCAGAACCUGAGACGUUAGAAGCUGCUGAGAUGAGGUUGAUUAAGUUAGGAGCACUAGCAACCACUACAAAGAAUGGAAAGACGGAAGCACGCAUCACUCCAUUGGGUCGAACACUAUCGGUAUUUCCACUUGCACCUGCCUAUGCAAAAGUAAUAGCGAUGGCUAAUCAGCAUGAAUUAAUGCCUUAUGCGAUUUUAUUGAUAGCAGCACUAUCUGUUCGAGAACCAAUGAUACCUGUUUCUUCAAUCCGAGGCGAAAGUGAUGAAGAAACAAAAGAAAAAAUGACGGAAGUUUUGAAGUUAAGGAGAGGAUGGUGCGGAAAGGGUCCUGGACGUCGUCUAGGAGACCUGCUAGUUCUUAUGAGAGCUGUGAGUUGCAGUGAAGCAGAAAAGAUGGAUCCAGAAGCUUGCACAAGAUUGGGUCUCAGAUAUAAAGCCAUGCAGGAAAUUCGUAGGCUUAGGACACAACUAACAAAUAUUGUCAACACGUCCUUCAAACAAGCUGCUGACGUCACAAUGGAUCCCAACCUCCCACCACCCUCUGAUGUUCAGGCUCAGAUGUUGCGGCAGAUGAUAGUUGCUUCGUUAGCGGAUCGGAUAGCUAAACGUGUGGAUCGAUCAGCAGGUGAUGAGGAGGUACCAAAAGGAGCUUAUCAAACGAUGAAACUGCAGGAAUAUGUGUUUAUCGAUCCAUGUAGUGUGAUCUACACAGAAGAACCGGACUAUGUGAUCUAUCAGGAAAUUGUCCAGUUAAAUGAUCGUAAAUGUAUGCAAAACGUAAUGAUGGUAGAUCACGAAUGGUUGACGAGAUUAGCGGAGCCAUACUGUAAUUUUGCACCUAUGGACCAAGAACAAGUGCCCAAAUAUGAUUCGGAGAGGGACGAAAUUGUGAAAAGUGUCGAAGUAACGUUUGGACCAUUAGAAUGGCGUCUGAAUCCGGUGGAUCGACCUGUUCCCAAAGAUAUUAUGCUAUAUCGAUAUUUUGCUCAGUUUUUGUUGGCUGGAGAGGUAAUGCCUCUAUUAAUCGAAUACGUGCCAAAAAUGUUGGCUCCUCCCACUACAAUGGUGAGGUCGUGGGCAAAGUUGCAACGGAGAACGGAAAUGUUGCUGAAUGCUCUGAUUGAAAAAGAGGUGCACACCAGGGCAGAAUUAAUUGAACAAUGGCACAACGACGAGAACUAUCUGCUAGAAGAAUAUUUGGAAUGGUUUCCUGAGUCCCUCCACGGUACGAUUACAGUAAUGUGGCCACCGAUGGAGAAGAAAGCGACAAAAAUGGGCAGAAAUAAGAUUUAUAGCAAAGUUAAGUAG